AUGGAGGCUGAGGUUAAAGCACUUUGUGCGAAAGCCCGCGAGAUACUUGUAGAAGAGAGUAAUGUUCAACGAGUAGAUUCUCCAGUUACGGUGUGUGGAGAUAUUCAUGGACAGUUUUAUGACCUUAAAGAAUUAUUUAAAGUAGGUGGUGAUGUACCUGAAACUAAUUACCUAUUUAUGGGUGAUUUUGUUGAUAGAGGUUUUUAUUCAGUGGAAACAUUCUUAUUACUUCUAGCUUUAAAGGUUCGUUACCCAGAUCGCAUCACACUUAUUCGGGGCAACCAUGAGUCUCGUCAAAUCACACAAGUAUAUGGUUUCUACGAUGAAUGUUUAAGAAAAUAUGGUUCUAUAACAGUGUGGAGGUACUGCACAGAGAUUUUUGACUAUCUUUCGCUUUCUGCCAUCAUUGACGGUCGGAUAUUCUGUGUGCAUGGCGGCCUAAGUCCUUCUAUACAAACACUUGAUCAAAUUCGCACAAUUGAUCGUAAACAAGAGGUACCUCACGAUGGACCUAUGUGUGAUUUACUGUGGAGUGAUCCUGAGGAUACACAAGGUUGGGGUGUUUCGCCGCGAGGUGCAGGUUACCUUUUUGGUUCAGACGUAGUCGCUCAAUUCAAUGUAUCCAAUGAUAUUGACAUGAUAUGCCGCGCCCAUCAACUUGUCAUGGAAGGAUACAAGUGGCACUUCAAUGAGACUGUACUUACUGUGUGGUCUGCACCCAACUAUUGUUAUAGAUGUGGAAAUGUAGCAGCAAUUUUAGAACUUAAUGAGAAUCUUCAGCGUGAGUUCACCAUAUUUGAAGCAGCGCCGCAAGAAUCCAGAGGAGUACCUUCAAAAAAACCUCAAGCUGACUACUUUUUAUAA